AUGCUGUGCCGAACCAAAGCACCUUCACCACCGCACGGUUCCGAGAGCAGCAGCGGUAUUAGCAGCUCACUACUAGCGCCUGCUGCUCCCUCUGCCCCCCCGGGGUGGGUGUGCAUCAUCGACGCUGCUACUGUCUCUUUAAAUUUACCCAGGAGCCCCUUAAGGAGCCCCAGGGGCCCCUAGUCCGGCUCCCCACCCUGAAGACAAGCAGGAACCUUAAAAUACAUUACUGGAGGCCUGCGCCGAGGCGCUUCCACCCUUUGCAGAGCGGAGCGACGGCUCUUUUCGGCCGUGGAUUGAUGGUUGUGAUUGUGUAAAAGUUAAGUUGGCUCCGUGGGGGACAGAGAGCUCUGGGCUCCUCAGCGAUGGGCUCAUUGUAGAGGCUGCCAGAUGCGUGUCGAGCGGUGGGCGAGCGGCGUGAACAUGUUACCGCUGUAACAUGUUGUUGUGACUGUGACAUGUCCCGUUACGGCACCACGACCCAGUGAAGGAAGCAGGAACAGCAGCCACUAGUGAAGAAGCAGCCAGGCCAGGGAUGGAAGAGAAAGGAGCGGGGCAGAGCGAGCCUGUGGACCUCCGGUGUGCCGAGCAGCCUGAGCUCCUCUCAUUAAUAAUAAGCGGAGAGGAGGAAGCGACGCAAGAGGAGAGCGACUUGGGAGAGGACGGUCUUGCCAACGGCCAUGGCAGAGGAGAAUCAGAGACUGGCAUGGUCACGCCUGUCAGAUCACCUGGCACCAGCUACUGGAGCAUCACAGAGGGCCCCGACCACCCACUCCUCCUGUCUCCGGUCCCCGGGCCCUCUGGGCGCAAACCCAGGGUUCAGAGGGCCUCACGUCCGGGCCUGAGCCGGAUUCCUGGCCGCGACCACCGACGGUACUACCACGAAUACUGGCGUAGCGAGUACCUAAUGGAUUUCGACCCCCAGAGGCAUGGCAUGAUCUGUAUGGUGUGUGGCAGCUCUCUGGCCACACUGAAGCUCAGCACCAUCAAGAGGCACAUCAGACAGAAGCACCCAGACUCCCUGCUAUGGAGCGCUGCUGACAAGGAGGUGAUCCGGUCGGGGUGGGAGAGCCACCUAAGCCUGGGGGGAGGUCAGAGGUCAUACAGCUCUCAUGCUGGACCUUCACCUCAGGGAGCAGAGGACACACUGCACUCGGGCCAAUAUACUGCCGCAGAACCUCCAGACCCUGUGACACCCCAGGAGCUGCCACAACAACCCCUCAGUUUGUCUCCCCGCUAUGUGGAGGGUGAAGCCCCGCAACCGCAGGAGGAAGAGGAGGAGCAGGACAUCCCCGCAUCAUCAGCCCAGACCUUGGAACGCUACCUGAAUGACUCGCUGCAUGCCUGGUUCCGUCAAGAGUUCUUAAUGGAGUACGAGGCGAUGGCCGGUCGACUGCUUUGCAUGGUGUGUGGAGCGGAACUACCCUCGCUUCAUUUGGACCACAUCAAGAGCCACGUGCUGGACACCCACCCCAACUCCUUGGUGUACAGCUCCGAGGAGAAACACUGCAUCCUGCAGGCCUGGGCUCAGGCUCAUGAAGAGUCAGAAAACUCAGUAAAAUCAGAGCCCAACACCAAAGACGGUGGGGUGAACCUCUUUGCUGAGGACGUGGAGACUAUCCAGAUCAACACUGACUUGUACCCAGACGGUGAUGGCACUUUAACUCAGGACACUUGUCUUAUUGGUGAGGAUGGAGGUGUUGGAGCUCCGCAGCAGGGACCUCAGCCACUCCGCCAGCCCAAGAAGAAGCGACUACGUGGGGGAGACCCGUGGCGGCUCCGCCUCGACUACCUAGUGGCCUACGGACCUCGGGGCCAGGGCACGUUCUGCAUGGUGUGUUCUCAGGUCCUCCACGAAACCAAGGUCAGCAGCUUCCGCCGCCACAUCCAAGAAUGUCACCCUGAGACCACAACCCUGAGCCGACAAGAAAGGGAAGCCAUGGCUGCUGCCUGGACCAAAGAUUAUUCGAGUGAAGGCACGCAUAUACAAGAUGAAGUCAACUGUGGUGAUGGUGGUAUCCUGAAUACCACAGAAGAGACAAAUGAGGACGCCUCCCCUGAUGUCAAAACACCCAGCAAAACGGUGAAAAAGGAGGAGGGCGUGGUUGGAGGGAAGGGCAAAUCAAAAGAUGGCAGCAGUGCAGCCACUCCUUCGCGCCAUGGCCAUUACCCUGGAAAGGACCAGAGGAGGAACUACCAGGUGCGCUGGCGAAUGGAUUACCUGAUGGAUUACAAUUGUAGGAGACACGGGCUGAUCUGCAUGGUGUGUGGGGCUAGUUUAGCCACGCUGAAGGUCAGCACCAUCAAGAGGCACAUCCAGCAGGUCCACCCACACUCCCUGUUCUACAGCUCAGAACAGAAGCAGCAGGCCCUGCUGAGCUACAACCAGACUGCCCUGCACUUCACCCAGUCUGAUGACUCCCAGGACCACGCACACACCGAGCUAGCUCCCCCUCCGGCACACUUUGGCACUUAGAAAGGGCUUCCGUCUGUUGCGCCUCAUGUGGCCCCUGUUCAGAAACAGCCCCCAAGUUCCUUUCUUAAUCGGAAAUUCAGGUAUUCGUCAAACAGCUUCCUGUUUUCUCAGUCUUGCCCCCAAAUUUCGACGGUGUGGGCGCAGAGUAAAAUGUUGCCAUAAUGGACAAAUAUAUGAGAAUAUUACACAGGUUGACAGAUGCUGGAAUUUCCUCUUUAAGCUGCAAUCAAAGAGCACUGCUGUGGUUAAAGCAGCAGCGAGGAACUCCCACACAGGAAGUGACACGUCUUAAAAAUGUCAUGGCCUGAAAAAAACAAAAGUCCAGCCACUCAUUUGAAACUUAAGCUCUUUUUGCACAUCACCUCUCUUACCAGGGGACCUCGUGAGAUUUAGCAAAUUGCUGGUAUGGAUGCAAGUAUCUGAAGGUACUAUGUUGACCAUUAGUAACUUAAAUGGGUCUUCCUCCUGAGCAGUGGGAUGAACCCACUUAAUCUGUACCAAAAACAGUAUGAGAAUGCCAAGGAAUCUUUUUGAAAAAGUACUAUUUACCCCUCUUGAAAUGCUGAUUUCCACAGUGGUAGAUUUUCUUUUCCUUACUGAUUAUAUACUUAAUAUAAUGUCAUUAGCUGAAUAGUACAGAUUAACUUAUUUUAAAGCACAUUAGGUCCCUUCAGGUAGAGGCCCAGUCAUACCAAUAUCUAUGAGGGUGACAUUUCAAAACUCUUGCAAAAUUACAUUAGCUAGACAUGAUAUUAGCUGUUUUGGAUAUUCUGCUUAAUUCUAACUCUGCUGUCCUGGAGAUUAAAGUUCUCCACAAAGGAGAUAUCAUUUCCAGCCACGAGAAAAUAAUGGGACAUACACACUACAGUGCAAAAGUUUGGGGUCACUCAGAAAUGUCCUUAUUUUUGAAAGAAAAGCAAUUUUUUUCCAACAUUAAAUGAAUCAGAAGUCCAGUCUAGACAUUGUUAAUGUGGUAAAUGACUAUUCUAAAUUAAACAGCAAAUUUUUAAUGGAAUAUCUACAUAGGGGUACAGAGGAACAUUUCCAGCAACUCCUGUGUUCUAAUGCUACAUUGUGUUAGCUAAUGGUGUUGAAAGGCUGAUUGAUGAUUAGAAAACCCUUGUGCAAUUAUCUUAGCACAUGAAUAAAAGUGUGAGUUUUCAUGGAAAACAUGAAUUUGUCUGGGUGGCCCAUAACUUUUGAACGGUAGUGUAUAUCUUAAAUAAGGUUGUGUCUCGUUAGCAAGCACGCUAAAUUGUAGGUUUUAUACCAGCCAGGGUUGAUGAAGCAAAAAGUCUUGACGUCACCUCCAGCCUAUUGCGACACACAAUAACCUCUCAGAGAGGAUUUAUGUCAUCCUUGAUUUCUCCGUUAUGUUUUACAGGCUGAAGCAGCAAUUACAUUGUUUGCUUACAAAGAAAAUACAGCCCUGGUUACUCACCAGCACGGCAUCAAAAUCCAGAAGUUCCACUUUAACUUUGUGGCAGCUAACAGUAGCAUGUUCCUAGGCUAGCUGGAAUGACAACUCUUAGCAAGCCACUGUUCUUUAGCUAAAUAUUCAGCAGCAGUUGGUUCAAGAGGACACAUAAAUGCAUGUUGCUAUUUAACCUUCUGGUCAAAACAGUGCUACAGUGUACAACACCACUGUACACCGUUGUGCAGUAUCACUUUUGAUUUGAUUCUGAACUGUAUCACCUCUAAAUAUUUUCACUACCAAGUUAAACAGAAUGGUAUUUGAUCUUAUGAAGUUUUAAAAACUAACAGUUUAGAUUUACUCUACACAUGUACAUAUAAAAUACAGGUCUGACAGUAAGAACUCAGUGAUUUUGAUAUUUGACGACACGCCAGUGGUUCUGGUAUGGAGGAUACCAGCUGAUGUUCUGCUGUUCUUUGCAGGAGGGGUUGCUCUACCUUUCUCUUUAAAUGACCCCAAAGGUUGGGUUAAAGUCAUGUGACAUAUUUGGCUGGGUGGUAGCUUUCAGUUUUUACUUCUCUAGAACUUCUUGUGAGCUUUGCUGGAAUAUUCCUCUUCUGCCAAGUUACUGUAGACUGGGAGGCAUCUUGGUCUCAUCUGCUCCCAAUAUUCAUCUAGCUUCUGUAACUUAGCAAAGUUAAUCUUACAGUUUUGUACCAAAGAGCAGUCUGUCAGUAGAGGUUGAAAUUAUGCACUGUCUGAGUUGUCAGAUAAACUCUGAUUUCCACUAAUGAGCCUUGUUCCAAUUCUGAAACACCUGUCCACCUAGAUCGUACAAUUAGAUCAACGUUGAGGGUGUUAUUUUAGGAGCAUGGCCACUGCUGCUCUGAUUCGUGGUAAUAUGUCUCGUUCUGCAACUGUUUUGACUGAUUUUUACAUAUGGAGUUACACUACCGUUCAAAAGUUUGGGGUCACUUAGAAAUGUCCUUGUUUUUGAAAGAAAGACAUUUUUUUAAAAAAUGAAGAUAGCAUUAAAUGAAUCAGAAAUCCAGUCUAGACAUUGUUAAUGUGGUAAAUGACUAUUCUAGCUGGAAACAGCUGAUUUUUAAUGGAAUAUCUCCAUAGGGGUACAGAGGAACAUUUCCAGCAACCAUCACUCCUGUGUUCUAAUGCUACAUUGUGUUAGUUAAUGGUGUUGAAAGGCUAAUUGAUGAUUAGAAAACCCUUGUGAAAUUAUGUUAGCGCAUGAAUCAAAGUGUGAGUUUUCAUGGAAAACAUGAAAUUGUCUGGGUGACCCCAAACUUUUGCAUGGUAGUGCAUGAUGCAGAUAGACCCAGCCCAUAUGUUCAAAACGGAACAUCCUAGGUUAUUUUAUAACCGUGUUCAGAUUGAUCAUAGGUGUUUUUCAGCACUGAGUUUCCACUGCUGGGCCUGUGUUUUUAAAUAGUAAAUCUGAAGUCUGACGACUCCCUCAGUCCGUGGUAGCUCGCAUGCCUGUGUGUCCCAUGUCACAACCAGCCCCCUCAGUGCUGCAUUCCUCACUUGUGUGCUGAUGUGUGACAACUGACACAGUUUAUCUUAGGGCAGUGGUGGCGCAAUGGUUAAGUCUCUGGACUACUGAUCAGAAGGUCAGAGGUUCAAGCCCCGAUGUGGCCACUGUUGGGACCUUGAGCAAGGCCCUUAACCCUUCCUGCUCCAGGGGUGCUGUACUGUGGCUGACCUGUCGCUCUGACUCCCCCAAUUGGGGAGAUAUGCGAAAAUCAGUUUCCCCUCGUGGGAUUAAUAAGGGAUAGAACUGUUAGCUUUUAACAUUACAUAAAAGCAAACAUCCUAUUGUUCAAAUUUAGAAUUAAUGAAAAUUGUUGAGAGGUGAUACAAUUUUUAAUCAAUUGUCAUCGAGGAAGAUAUGUGGUUUUAGACAUGCGUUGUCUUACAGAGCAUCCGCACAGUAGGCAGAAUAAACACAGGUGUAAAAGACAGUAUUUAAAAUGGCUGCAUUCCGUUUAGUGAAGCCAGUUUUAGGGUUCUGUUACUGUGCAGUCAGGUGAUUGGCAGGACUUACAGGAAAGGAACUAUUGUUAACACAGUCUGUUAUCCGUGUGCUUUCUCUAUUGUGAACAAAACGCCAGUUGUGAUAAAGCUCUGAUCCGUCAACACCCAAUGGGUACCUGGACUUGAAGCUUUUAAUGGCACAAUGUUUUGUGUCUGUCUGACAGGGACUCGGGGCUUGUUUCUGGUCAGGGCCUGAGUCUUCUCUCAGGAAGUUAGAAACAGAUUCUUCGGCAAAGCCAACGUGACUUAGUCUGAGAAAAUGUGUCUAAAAACAACACAGCACUUUGUCCCCAAAAAUGUACUAAAUCCUAACUUUCCUUCUGUACAGCUAGUUGAUUGAGACUGUGUUUGAUGUUAUUGCUGAAGACAAUGAAUGACAGCGUGCAGUCAGUAAGUUCUGAUCUCUCUGGUCUAUUUAAUUCCUUGUUUACAGUAGAAGAAAAGGACGCCCUGCUCUUGCUCCUCCAUUAUAAUGAUACAUACUAUCAGUCAAAUGUUUGGACACAUAUUCUCAUUUAAUGGUCUUUAUUUUCAUGACUUUUUUUUUUUUUUUUUUAAACAUAUAUUUAUUGUUUUUCUUUUAUGCAACAACAUCAACACUUUGAACAUGGCAGAGAUAAAAGCAAUAAUAAUAUAAUGGUACAUUUAAUUUAAAAAAAGGGGGGAUAUUUAAAUAAAUGGAAUAAGAUGAAAUUAAAUAAAUGAACCUCAGUAAUGGGUCACAAACUUAUUUUGCUAAGUGUAGCAGAUAGAGACAUCUAAUACAUUACAUAAUAAUAUAAAACAUAGAUAUAAAAGUAAAAUAAAAAUAAACUUAUACAAGUACAUCCCCAUAGUCAAUGAAAUCAACUGGCUAGUUAGCUCAGUCAUUCACCACCCCUCCAAUGUCACCAAUCUUUAUUAAUUCUAGAAACAUCCUCCAAAUGAUAUAGAAUUCCGAAGCUCUCUUUUUAACCAUAUAUGUCAGUUUCUCAAGAGCCAAACUUGAGGUUAAGUUAGUUAACCAGAAGUCAAAAGAGGGGCAAGCAACAUUCUUCCAACAUAAAGCUAUAGACCGUUUGGCCUGUAGUAAGCAACGGUCAACCAUUAUUCUCUCCUUAGCAGACAAUGAGCAGUUGUCAGGAUAAAUGCCUAAUAUACAUAACUUAGGACAUGAGGGUAUCGGACAAGAUGUGAUCUGAGAAAUAUAUUUUAACACAGAGCUCCAGAAUUUUUGAAUCUUAUCACAUUUCCACAUACAGUGAUAUAAUGUCCCUUGAUGGUUGUUACAUUUAUAACACAAGUCAGGUAUAUUGGGAUCAAAUUUAUUUAAUUGUACAGGGGAGAUAUAGGAUCGCAUUACCCAGUUAAAUUGCACUAAUCUUAACCUGGUGUUGAUGGUUUGAGUAUGUGUUUUUAAACAUAUUUUACUCCACUCAUUAGUUGAGAUGUCUACUCCUAAAUCUUGUGUCCACUCAUGUCUCUUACUGUCAGAGUUAUCCUUUUGGUUGUUAACCAGCAAGUUAUAAAACUGUGAAACCAGUUUUUUCCCAAAACAGUCUUUCAUGACUGUUUAUAUUGUAGAUUCUCACUGAAGGCAUCAACACUAUGAAUGAACACAUAUGGAAUUAUGUAGUAAACAAAAAAGUGUGAAAUAAGUCAAAACAUGUUUUAUAUUUUAGAUUCUUCAAAAUAGCCACCCUUUGCUUUCAUUACUGCUUUGAACUCUUGGAAUUCUCUGGAUGAGCUUCAUGAGGUAGUCGCCUGAAAUGGUUUUUCAACAGUCUUGAAGGAGUUCCCAGAGAUGCUGAGCACUUGUUGGUCCUUUUGUCUUCACUCUGUGGUCCAUCUCAUCCCAAACCAUCUGGAUUGUUUAGGUCAGGUGACUGUAGAGGCCAGGUCAUCUGAUGCAGCACCCCAUCACUCUCCUUCUUGGUCAGAUAGUCCUUACACAGCCUGGAGGUGUGUUUGGGAUCAUUGUCCUGUUGACAAAUAAAUGAUGAUCCAACUAAAUGCAAACCGGAUGGGAUGGCAUGUCACUGCAGGAUGCUGUGGUAGCCAUGCUGGUUCAGUUUGCCUUCAAUUUUGAAUAAAUCCCCAACAGUGUCACCAGCAAAGCACCUCCACACCAUCAUACCUCCUCCUCCAUGGUUCAUGGUGGGAACCAUGCAUGUAGAGACCAUCCAGGGCUCUAAUCUGAGCUGCUGUUAACUUGCCAUUUCUGAGGCUGGUGACUUGGAUGAACUUCUCCUCAGCAGCAGAGGAGACUCUUGAUCUUCCUUUCCUUCCUCAUAUGAGCCAGUUUGGUCAUAGCGCUUGAUGGUUUUUGCAACUGCACUUGGGGAUACAUUGAAAGUUUUUGUAGUUUUCUGAAUUGACUGACCUUCAGUUCUUAAAGUAAUGAUGAACUGUGGUUUCUCUUAACUGAUUGGUUCUUGCCAUAAUAUGGAUUCUAGCAGUUGUCAAAUAGAGCUGUCAACUGUGUACCAACCUGACUUCUGCACAACACAACUGAUGGUCCCAACCCCAUUAAGAAGGCAAGAAAUUCCACAAAUGAAUCUUGACAAGACACACCUGUGAAGUGAAAACCAUUUCAGGUUCUACCUCAUGAAGCUCAUGGAGGGAAGGACAAGAAUGUGCAAAGCAGUAAUCAAAGCAGAGGGUGGCUAUUUGGAAGAAUCUAAAAUAUACAACAUAUUUAGAGUUAUUUCACAAUUGUUUGCUGCAUAAUUCCAUAAAUCUUGCUACAUAGUUUUGAUGUCUUCAGUUUGUAUCUGCAAUGUAGAAAGUAGUAAAGAUAAGUGAGAAGGUAUGUCCAAACUUUUGACUUCAGUGUAUAUCAUCUCAGUGACUCUGUGUCAUACAACAGCCUGCAUCCUUUUCAUUAGCCACAAGUCAUCUUAGCGAAAAGCUGCACAUAAAUAUGUAAAUACAUGAAAAUUAGAAUUAUUUUUCCUAUAUAUAAGCACUUUUAUGCACCCUGGUGUCUGCAAAAUGUGUUUGUAAUUAUCUCCAGUUUUUUCUAUUUUAUUCAAGAUUUCAAAAAUGGCGUCUGUCUUUAACAGUUGGAGGAGGAUGGCUCGUUGGAUUCACUUUUAAAAGUUCACCCCAGCUUUGGUACGGCUUCACAUUUUUCAUCUACUGUAUAAAAUUUAUGCAACAAAAGAAGGUUAAAAAUUAACUCUGUGAUAAAGUCUGCCAUAAAAUGUCUCUUGUUCACCUGGAAAAUGUAACUCAGGGAUUCUGUUUUCAUCAGCAACAAUUUCAUUACUAAUCGUUUUUUAUGUCGGAUGUUGAUAUUUGAAGAUACAGAAGAUAUGUGUCAGCUGUGGUUGUGUAGGUAUUGCCAUGGAUUGAGUAUUAGGGCCACUGUUUAAAGAAAACCAAAUUUUGAGAGUCAAAUUAUUUUCAGAAUGUUGUAAUUUUGAGAAAAAGGUCAAAUAUUUUUUUAACCAAGGAAACUAUUACCAUUCUAGUUGUGAGCUGAGGAAGGAAAUCAUAUAAAUAUUAGAGGGGAAAAAAGGUUUUAAGAAGAUGGUAGAGUUUUGAGGAAAAGUCUCAAUGUUCCAAGAAAAAAAGUUGUAGUUUUGAGAAAAGAUUCUAAUUAGGUAUUAUUUAUUGCAACAAAAAAAGUCCAAAUAUUUUGAAAACUAUUUGAAGAAUUCAACUAAAAUAUUUAAUAAAUUUCAUAUAAAGUUGUGCAUUUGAUAAUUGAAUUAGACUGUCAGGAAAUCUUCUCACAGCAUGCUUUAUAUUUGAUGUGCAUACUGUGACUUUAUUUUGAAAAUAAUUACGUUGUGGGGUUUUUUGGGCUUUUUGUGGCUAAAAUUACAACUCAUACUGUAUCACUCUGAUUUCUUUGUUUUGAAAUUAUGGCUUUUUUUCUCCAAAAUAAUGCAACUUUUUCUUUACCUAAAAUGUGACUUUAUUCUUCCAGUAUUUUGCUCUUUGUCUGUUUGGCAGAGUUUCAGUUUGUUCUUUCAGUGGCCCCGUUACUCUGUUGUACCUAUGUGUGGACGACACAUUAAACUGUCACAUUUUUGAAGAAUAAUCAAAAUUGAUUUUGAUACAAAACUAAUGUGGAAGUAAAGCAAAAGUCUGCCUGAGCCCGCUACCUAAGAGCAGAAGCAGUCUCCUAUUUUUGAAUUAGAAUAGGCCCCAUGUCACUCUAAGAGUUUUGACGAAGCACUUAAUUAUUUAAAAUGAAACAAAUGAAUGAUAGAAGAGUUGUUGAAGUGAGACCUCAUGUGUGUUUGUGUGUGAGGGGUGGAGGUGGGAUCCUCUGUGGUGACCCAUGACUCUGCUCUGUGUUUUUCUUCACUUUCUCGUCACCUUUCAUCUGUACAUGGCCAACAUGUGACAUGUGCGUUCUCUCCUCAGUGAUCUUUGAAUAAAUACUCAACACUACAA